AUGACCUUUAAACACAACAAAAUCAUACAAAAAGAACUACUGAGCUACUAUGAAAAAAAAAAUCACUUUUUUUUAAUUUUCUACAGGUGGCUAAAAAAGAAAUCCCACACAAGUGGCCUUCAGUCUCCUGUGUUCGGGGCGGUGAUCGAUAACCUGGAGAUCUCCAUGGUCCCAGCUCUGCUGCUGCUGCCCCUCCUGUUAAGAGUUGCAUCUCUGCACUACCUGCUGGGCAUCACCAUCCUCACAGCUCUGCCGGGCCUGGUGCUGUGGUACUACUACGCCACCCACCGAAAGAAGAGACGCACCCUCUUCUUCCUCACUCUUGCACUGUACUCUUUAGGCUACUUGUACUACCUCUUCAUCACAGAGAUUUUGCCUCGUGGAGACGUCAGCCAGCUGCAGGUGUGCGUGGUUACCGCUGGAAUGAUUCUGACAAUCAUUUCUCUGAUCCGCACUAAGAGGAAUCCAGGAUUUGUGACUGCUUCUCUGUGUGAAGCAAGCAGCCACAAGAAGAACAAUAAGGAGGAGUCCGCAUACCUGGAAAAACGUCUCCAAUCAGCAGCCUCGUGUUCAGUGAACUCCUCAGAACUGCCAAAGAAUGAAGAUGCCCUCUCAACAAAGUGGAGUUUGUGUCCUGUGUGUAAAAUAAUGCGGCCCCCGCGAGCUGGACACUGCAGGACCUGCGGGUCAUGCGUGCUGCGUCUGGACCACCAUUGCAUCUGGAUAAACAGCUGUGUUGGACAAGCGAACCACCGCGGUUUCCUGCUGACCCUCUGUGUGUUUGUGUUGACUGCUGUGUACGGGAUCAGCCUGGUGCUCCGCAGCCUCUGCCCCAGACAGUAUCUGAUGACGGCUCUUUUCUACUGUCCCGGCGUCUACAGUCAAUCCAGCACGGCGCUUUGCUUCACCUGUUGCUGGUACAGCAGCAUCAUCACAGCUGGACUGCUUUACCUGCUGCUGGCCCAGAUCCUGAACAUCAGCUCCAACGUGACGGAGCGGGAGGCUCAGCAGGCUCUCAGGAGCAAGAAGGCUCAGAGAGGCGUUCUAGGGCUCAGGAUCUACACAGGAGAACAUUCACGUGGAUUCUACCAGAACUGGGUCGAGUUCCUCACCAUGGCUGAAGCUGUAGUAGAUAUUCGCUCUAAACUCACUGAUUUGGUCUAGUUUGGCUUUAUUUUUCUUAAUAAGAUGCUUACACGGAUACAAAUGUUCUUAUGGCAUUUCUGCCCAGUGUAUCUAAAAGUGAGUUAUCAAUUCAAAUUAUUUUAAAUGUUGAAAACAAGGGCGUACUGAUGCAUGCUUUUGAGACAAGACUGCAGAUUGCACAAUACAAUUCAAAAUGUGGAUCAAAAGCCAUAAUUUGUGAUUUUUAAACAAAUAAAAAGGCUAAUAAAAUCUGGAGUGAGCCCUG